CUUUGAGAUUCUCGUCAAAAUCCCAUCGGUUUCACCAUUUUCUUCCUCAAGUUCCGUUUUCAGCUUUCGAUCUGAGAUCUUCAGUUUGGCCGGAAAUGGGGAAAGGCGGAGCCAUCUCCGAGAAUGUUCUGAAGAAAGUCCUCCUCUCGUACGCAUACGUCGCGAUAUGGAUCUUCCUCAGCUUCUCUGUCAUCGUCUACAACAAGUUCAUUCUGGAUCAGAAGAUGUACAAUUGGCCCUUUCCGAUCUCUCUCACCAUGAUCCAUAUGGCCUUUUGUUCCUCCAUCGCGUAUCUUCUCGUCAGCGUCUUCAAAGUUGUGGAGCCUGUGUCGAUGUCCCGCGAGCUCUACUUCAAAUCCGUGGUUCCUAUCGGAGCUCUGUAUUCGCUUUCCCUCUGGUUUUCUAAUUCAGCGUAUAUCUAUCUAUCGGUUUCUUUUAUACAGAUGCUCAAGGCUCUGAUGCCUGUCGCUGUGUACUCGAUCGGAGUUACGCUUAAGAAGGACAAGUUUAAGUCUGAUACUAUGGCUAAUAUGGUUUCGAUCUCGCUUGGUGUUGCGGUUGCUGCGUAUGGAGAGGCGAAAUUUAAUUCCAAGGGUGUGACUUUGCAGCUGUUGGCGGUCGCGUUCGAGGCGACUCGAUUGGUGAUGAUCCAGAUUUUGUUGAAUUCCAAGGGUAUUUCGCUGAAUCCCAUCACGUCGCUUUACUACGUGGCUCCGUGUUGCUUGGUUUUCUUAUCUGUCCCGUGGUUAAUAAUGGAGUACCCUUUGUUGAGGGAUAAUUCGAGCUUCCAUUUGGAUUUCGUGAUUUUUGGUACCAAUUCAUUAUGUGCUUUUGCUUUGAAUCUUGCGGUGUUUUUACUGGUCGGCAAGACAUCUGCUUUGACAAUGAAUGUUGCUGGAGUAGUGAAGGAUUGGUUAUUGAUCGCAUUCUCCUGGUCUGUGAUUAAGGAUACGGUGACAGCCAUUAAUUUGUUCGGUUAUGGGCUCGCCUUCUUAGGAGUUGCGUAUUACAACCAUUCGAAGUUGCAGGCACUCAAAGCCGCGGAGGGUCAGAAAAAGGCUCAGCAAGCAGACGAGGAAGCUGGUAGGUUGUUGGAGGAAAGAGAAGGGAAUGAAAGGAAGAUUGAUAGUCAAAAGUAGGCGACUGACAGGCUUGAGCCUUUACGAGGAGUUGUGCAGAAGAGAACAUUUCGAUGGUGUUGAAAAGUAGCUGCGAUAAUCGAAUUCAUAUCUCAACUAAGUUUUCGAGUUUUGGGUUAGGUAUGCGUUCUUAGAUAUAUUAUUUUUUUUGGUUUCAUCUAUUUAUUAUGGGGUUGAUGGGGUUGAUGGGGUUGAUUUAGUGCCUAAUGUUGUAGUACAGAAUCUAUUUCUUUGACUGGAGAAUGAACUGUUGUGGAUGUUUAUGGGAUUGAGCUUCCACCAAAAUGUUUAACUAAUAUCUACUAUUAUUUAUGAU